GCGCUUCGGUGAAAGGUGACAGGUUAUAUCCAGGCCAAAAUGGUGCUUGAGCCGCGUAGAUAAUUGAUAUAGCGUAUUUUACGUAGUUCUUUAUGUUUUUAGAUGGCAUUUGUUGCUAUUAACGCAUAUACUGUUGGGUUAGGGUUAUGCUAUAUCAAAUCGAGGCGAAAUUAGUAGUCCAUUCACGUUGUAUUCUAUGGAGUUAAGUAGUUGAAAUGCAAUUCUAUUUUUAGCUAGGUAGCUUAUUACUUUGAUCUCAGAAAGUUGUGCUUAAGUGACGUUAAAUGUAACGACGGAAUUAGCAGUUCCCAAAAAUAAAGUUAGGUUGCUUAACACUUUAAUUUGGCAAAGAAAAUGCUCUAGAGCCUAGAGCCCUGUCACCCUGAAUGGCACAAGCGAUGAAGGAGUUCAAUGAAUGACAGAAUGGAUAUUUUAACUUAUAAAAGUUCAACUCUGAAGUCAUAAAUCCAUCCAUUUUCCAAACUGCUUAUCCUUCUGGAUUGUGGAGGGUCCGGAGCCUAUCCUGGAAGCAAUGGGCACGAAGCAGGGAUCAACCCAGGAUGGGGGGCCAGCCCAUCGCAGGGCACACUCACACACCUUUCACUCUCACAUGCGCACCUACGGGCAAUUUAGCAAGUCCACUUAGUCUCAGCAUGUUUUUGGACUGUGGGGGAAACUGGAGUACCUGAAGGAAACCCUACGACGACAUGGGGAGAACAUGCAAACUCCGCACACAUGUGACGCAGGCGGAGAGUCGAACCCGGGCCGCAGAGGUGUGAGGCAACAGUGCUAACCACUGCACCACCAUGCCGCCCCCCCCCCCCCCACAAUGACCCUUUCUGGAUAAUUGCAGAUGGAAUAAAACCAGGCAAGGAUCAACCAUACUAAAAAUGUGAGGUUGUGGAAGGUUUUACCUCACACCAUGAAAAGAAUGAGCAUAAGACAUUAGGUCGUCUCUCCCAAGCAGAAAUUUCAUGCAGUAAAGUGUUUCUAAAUGAGCCAUCCAAGCUCUUCUGCAGAAGCAUAAACAGGCACAGUUUAGGACCAGAAAAGCAGCAGUUGGCCACAGAUGAGACAUCAAGCUUACUUCCUGUUGAAAUCAGAAGAUGCCAAGUGCAGCUAUGAGCUCAGAACUGCCAAACAGCACUGGGACCCUGGUACAGCCAUCAACAGUCUGGAGACGUCUUGCUGGAAGUGGUCUUCGGUAAAGAGUCGCCAGGAAAAGGUCAUUCCUCAGAGGUGGACACAGCUACACGACUCACCUGUGUUUGAAAACACAAGGACUGGGGUGCAGAACAAUGAAAAGUGGUGCUGAAAUGGCAAAAAGAAGGCAAAAAACCCUACAGGUUUGGGGCCACGUUCCUGUAGAUGGGAGCUGGAGAUGUGGUCAAAAUGCCUGGCCUCCUCACUGCCAAGAAGUACAAGCAGAUUCUGAUCUAUUAGGGUGUACCAUAUGUAUACAAAAGCAGGCAUGUGAUCGAUCCCAAAUUCAUUCUGCGGCAUGAUAAUUACCUCAAAGAGAUGGUGUGCCCCCCACCCCCCCACCCCCAGAGAGCCCUGACCUCAACAUCAUCAAAUCAGUCUGGAAUUGCAUGUAUAAACCAAAGCAGGGGGGUCAGCAAGAGUCUGUAGCAGAACCGUGGGAAGUUCUCCAGGAUUCAUGGAACAACCGACCAGCCAAGUACCUUAAAAAAAAAACUGCACAGUACCUGAGAGGAUUGAUGCUCUUUUAAAGGCAAAGGAUACCUAAUUCCUGACCUUCAUCAUGGAUGAAAGCAGUUUGGAAGCAGCCAUAGAAACCUACCAUGCCCAGCUGAAGCAGGUGGAGUCUGCCUUAGGUGCUGGACUGGAUUCUUCCCAACAGUCAGAUCUUUUGAAACUGAAGGAUGACUUACAGCAACUGAUUCAACUCACCGAGUCCAGCUUGGUGUCGGUAAAGAAAAGUCGGCUGCUUGCUAGCCUAGAAGAAGCCACUGCACCUCAGAGUGCAUCCCAAGUAGAGAGGACUGAGGCUGGCAAUAUGGAUGAAGAGUUUUCGGCUUUUUACUCAGAGCUUGGUGGGACCUCUGUGGAGCGCAUGUCUGGCAGCAUGGAAGAACCGUUCAAUUCCCAGAUAGCUUCCUCUUCUAGCCCUGGUCAGGCUAGUGAGGUUGAUGAUGAGGAUGGUGAUGAAGACAUUGAUGGUAAUGCUGAUGACGACGGAGAUGAUGGGGAAUCCUUGAGUGGGUUGAAAGUCAGAGCACCGUAUCGCACCUCCUGGGGGACACUGGAAUAUCACAAUGCAAUGGUGGUAGGACCAGAGUACUCCGAGGGGUCCGAGCCCCACGUAAGAGUGCUGUAUGUCUACCCAACCAACAAAUCCAUGAAGCCCUGCCCCUUCUUCCUUGAAAACAGGUGCCGCUUCAUGGAGGACUGCAGGUUUUCACACGGCGAGGUGGUAGCUGUUUCCGAGCUGAGAGACUUCCAGGACACAGACCUGAGUAAUUUGCAGGAAGGUUCCUCCUGUUUGGCCAGGCAUGAAGAUGGCAUAUGGUAUCCAGCAAAGAUAACUGAAAUCGAUGGUGGUUAUUAUACAGUGAAGUUUGACUCGCUUCUUCAGAAGGAUUUGGUCGUAGAAGCUGAUGGGAUCAUUCCUCCGAUGAGGGAAGAUGAUUCUCCAUCGUCCGAAUCUGACGAAGACGACGUAGAAUACUCUGCCUUUGCUAAAGUUGUAGAUUCUAAUGAAACGGAGACAUGGGCCCUCGGAAGUCCUUCUGAUUUUGGUGGCUGGGAAGCUCAUACGCGGGGAAUCGGUUCCAAACUGAUGUCCAAGAUGGGUUAUGAAUUUGGAAAAGGCCUGGGUAGGAACGGAGAGGGCCGUGUGGAGCCGGUGCUGGCUGUAGUUCUGCCUAAAGGCAAGUCCCUGGACCACUGUGUGGAGAUCGUCCAGAAGAAGGCACUCAGGAAGGGUGGGACGGAGGCCUUGGUGAAGCGCCGUAAGAAGAAACCGAAAGGAACGGGCGCCUCCCAGGGCCAGAGAGACGUGUUCGAUUUCCUGAACAGCAAGCUGGGGGACCAGGAGCGGAAGGCUGUGGAUGCUCCUGCCCCCCAGAGGAACAGCAAGGAGGUCUAUAGAGGCGGCAAGGGCACCAAGCGCUCUAUUAAUGUGCGGCUCUUCCAGACCGCUGAGAGGGUGGUCCAGACAGAAAGAGAGAUCGACAGACUCACCGAAGCUCUGGGCAGAAAGGCGGGCAGAGAUAAAGCGACGAUUAGCCAUCUGGAAGAGAAGCUGUCUGGGGCGAAGAGGUUGCUGUUGCAGCUGAAGGCCCAGGAGCUGAGCAUCCAGACGGAGCGAAAGAAGGCAGAUACACACAAGAAGAUGACAGAGUUCUGACUCAUCACUGCUAAUGAUUCAUGACCAGUGGGACACAGUACUGUUCCCAGACCUCUGUCUCGUACUUAUUUAUGUUUACAGGUGAUAAUAAUAACUGUGUGUUUGUACAACGAAGAACACUGGCUCAAGAAUACGUUCGAUUGUUUUACCAAUUUUUUUUUUUUUUAUCACUGACUAGGAUAUGUAUCAGAUAUGGAUUUCGGGGGAUGAAGCUGUUUCCAAAUGUUAAUUCAAAAGCACAUUUUAAUGAAAUAUUAUUUGUAAAGGUUCUUUAUUUCGACAUAAAUUCUGUAAGAAUCCAUAUCAUUAGUAACUAACAUUUUAUUCACUGUGGUAUUUUGUCGGGGAGUACUUAUAAUUUUUGCAUUGUUACUGUCGAUGUUUUUGUGUCCCUCUCCUCGCCUCUUGUUUCCUUGUCACGGUCGUGAUGUAAGUUUUGGACCCGAAAGCCACCCUGACCUUCACUCCUCCUCCACUUCAGAUUUCUUCAAGUUGGAUUGUAAUUAGCAGCUUUCAGCAAGAUUCUGACACUUAUUAGCCCCAUGGUGAGAAAUCUGGCCCAGGCCACUCAUUCCGCAGUUGUAUUUUUAAGUUUUCAGAGUAAACGUCUUGUCUGAAGAAAGCUUA